GAGCAUUUCCUGUUGUUACACUUGUUAUUCCCUAAAAUGGCGAAUUUAGCAGCUGCUGUUGUUGCUGCCGCUGGUAGAGAUCCCGCUGUUGACCGUUCAUUGCGCUCUGUCUUUGUGGGAAACAUUCCAUAUGAGGCCACAGAGGAGCAACUGAAAGACAUUUUUUCAGAAGUCGGGCUUGUUGUCAGCUUUAGGUUAGUGUAUGAUAGGGAGACCGGCAAGCCAAAAGGAUAUGGCUUCUGUGAGUAUCAAGACCAGGAGACCGCCCUCAGUGCCAUGCGGAACCUGAACGGAAGAGAGUUCAGUGGCCGAGCUCUCCGUGUCGACAAUGCUGCUAGUGAGAAGAAUAAAGAAGAGCUCAAGAGUUUGGGGACAGGGGCCCCUAUCAUUGAGUCUCCCUACGGGGACAACAUAAUACCAGAUGAGGCUCCAGAGUCUAUAAGCAGAGCUGUGGCCAGUCUGCCCCCAGAGCAGAUGUUUGAGCUCAUGAAACAGAUGAAGCUGUGUGUGCAAAACAGUCCCCAGGAGGCCAGGAACAUGCUGUUGCAGAACCCCCAGCUGGCCUUUGCCCUGCUCCAGGCCCAGGUGGUCAUGAGGAUCGUAGACCCUGAGAUCGCCUUGAAAAUGCUUCACCGUCAAACCCCAGUGCAGCCAUUGGUUCCCAACAGUCAAGCUGGACCAGUGCCAGUGGCCAACCAGCCUAUUCCACCGCCCAACGCUCCAGUCUCCCAGUCACAGCCAAUGCUGGGCAUGCACAUGAACGGAGCCCCCCAGAUGAUGCAGCCCCCGCCCAUAGGUGGAGGACCUGGGCCCAUGCCAGGGCAGGGACUAGUGGGACCACCAGGAAACCUCCAGCACUCUCCCGUAGGAUCGUCUGGGCAAGCUGCUAUCGAGCGGCCUCAAGGACCAGGUGGUAUCCCCCCCAGAGGCCUGCUUGGCGACGGCCCCAACGACCCCCGAGGAGGAACCCUGCUCUCAGUCACAGGAGAGGUCAUCGAACCCAGUCGGGGAGGAGCCUUCAUUGGCGCCCCCCCACCACACCAGGGGCCCCCCAUGCACAUGAACCAGAUAGUUGGCGGGCCUCCUUCGGACAUGAGGCCACCUCACGACAUGAGAGGACCCCCCAUGGGUGAACCCAGAGGCAUGAUGGGAGAGCCCCGGGGACCCCCCAUGGGUGAACCCAGGGGCAUGAUGGGAGAGCCCCGGGGACCCCCCAUGGGUGAACCCAGGGGCAUGAUGGGAGAGCCCCGUGGACCACCCAUGAUGGAGCCCAGGGGACUCCCCAUGGAGACAAGAGGUCGUGACCCCAGAGCGGUGGACACCCGUGGACCAGUGUCAGGCCAGAGGGUUCCCAUGGCCCAAGGAAUGCAGGGUCCCCCCCCUCACUCUAUGAAUCCUAAUGCCCCUCCAACUGCCAGACCGGGUCCUGGUGUACCACAGUCUGGAGGUAGCUUCAGCCCAGGGCAAAGCCAGGUGACCUCACAGGACCAUGAGAAGACGACACCAUUCUGUGUACAUCUGGCCCUUCUUUGGACACUGUGCUAACAAACCUCCAAAUGAGCUUCAACGCCAUACAACACUCCUUCUGUGGCCUCCAACAGCUUUUAAAUGUUAGUAAAACUAAGUGCAUGCUCUUCAACCGAUUUGCUGCCCGCACCCUCCCGCCCGACUAGCAUCACUACUCUGGACGGUUCUGACCUAGAAUAUGUGGAUAACUACAAAUACCUAGGUGUCUAGCUAGACUGUAAACUCUCCUUCCAGACUCACAUUAAGCAUCUCCAAUCCAAAAUUAAAUCUAGAAUCGGCUUCCUAUUUCGCAACAAACCUACUUCACUCAUGCUGCCAAAUAUACCCUUGUAAAACUGACUAUCCUACCGAUCCUUGACUUCGGCGAUGUCAUUUACAAAAUAGCCCCCAACACUCUACUCAGCAAAUUGGAUGGAGUCUCAGUGUCAUCCGUUUUGUCACCAAAGCCCCAUGUACUACCCACCACUGCAACCUGUAUGCUCUCGUUGGCUGGCCCUCACUACAUAUUCGUCACCAAACUCAGUGGCUCCAGGUCAUCUAAGUCUUUGCUAGGUAAAGCCCCGCAUUAUCUCAGCUCACUGGUCACCAUAGCAACACCCACCCGUAGCAUGCACUCCAGCAGGUAUAUUUCGCCUAUUUAUUACCUCCCUACUCUUCUACAUUUGCACACACUGUACAUAGAUUUUUCUAUUGUGUUAUUGACUGAACGUUUGUAACUCUGUUUUUGUUGCACUGCUUUGCUAUAUCUUGGCCAGGUCGCAGAUGUAAUUGAGAACUUGUUCUCAACUGGCCUACCUGGUUAAAUGAAGGUCAGAUAAAAAAGAUGCUCAAUGACAAGAAGCUUAAACCCCAACUUUUAAAUGAAAGGUCUAUGUCUGUCCUAACCUGUCAGCAGUCUGGGAAGGAAGUUAUUGAGGAAUGGAGUGAGAAGAGGAUGACAUCUCAAGCACUUGGGUUUGUGGAGACAACUUGGGGCUCAGUGCUUUCUUUGGCUACCUGAAGAGUAAUGAGUCAGGGCAACAAAAUGCAUUAGCACUCAAUGAAAAGCCAUUUAUUUCAAUGGAAUACACUACAUGACGUAGUUAUUCAAUGGAAAAUUUUGAACGUGUUCUGUGUAAUCUAUUAUGAAAGAUGACUUUCCUUCUGUAUCCAAGCUGUGCAUUUGGAGGUAUUUUGGUUUUAACAUUACUGCCUGCCUGUCAAUAUCUGAUCUGAGAGCAGUGUGGUUCACCAGUUUGUCUGUU